UCAGCGGGUUGGCUUUUGUAAAACAGGCGCAGGAUGGAGUUUAAAGAUUUAAUUGUUCAGGCAAAGUCUGGCACCGGGAAAACCUGCGUGUUCUCCACCAUCGCUCUGGACUCGCUCGUUCUUGAGAACCUGAGCACCCAGAUUUUGAUCUUGGCUCCUACAAGGGAAAUUGCUGUACAGAUACAUUCUGUUAUCACAGCCAUUGGAAUAAAAAUGGAAGGCUUAGAGUGUCAUGUCUUUAUUGGAGGAACUCCAUUACCUCAAGACAAAACCAGACUUAAAAAGUGUCAUAUUGCUGUCGGAUCUCCUGGCAGAAUUAAACAGCUGAUCGAACUUGACUACUUGAACCCAGGCAGUGUCCGUCUCUUUAUCCUGGAUGAAGCAGAUAAGCUUUUAGAAGAAGGCAGCUUCCAGGAGCAAAUUAACUGGAUUUAUUCUUCCUUGCCUGCCAGUAAACAGAUGGUGGCAGUGUCAGCCACUUACCCAGAAUUUUUGGCUAAUGCUUUGGCAAAGUACAUGAGAGAGCCCACUUUCGUAAGACUCAAUUCCAGUGACCCAAGUCUCAUAGGUUUGAAGCAGUACUACAAAGUUGUCAAUUUGUACCCUUUGGCCCAUAAGAUUUUUGAGGAAAAGGCCCAGCAUUUACAGGAACUGUUCAGCAGGAUUCCAUUUAAUCAAGCCUUGGUCUUUUCUAAUUUGCACAGCAGAGCACAGCAUUUGGCCGAUAUCCUUUCUUCCAAAGGCUUUCCUGCAGAGUGCAUUUCAGGCAACAUGAAUCAGAAUCAGCGUCUUGAUGCUAUGGCUAAACUGAAGCAGUUUCAUUGCAGAGUCCUCAUUUCCACAGAUCUGACUUCCCGUGGGAUUGAUGCUGAGAAGGUGAAUCUGGUUGUAAAUCUGGAUGUGCCACUGGACUGGGAGACAUACAUGCAUCGGAUUGGCAGAGCUGGCCGUUUUGGUACGUUGGGACUGGCAGUUACCUACUGUUGCCAGGGAGAAGAAGAAAAUAUGAUGAUGAAAAUUGCCCAGAAAUGUAACAUCAACCUUCUGCCUUUACCAGACCCCAUUCCUCCUGGUCUGAUGGAAGAAUGUUUGGAUUGGGAUGUGGAGGUUAAAGCUGCUGUACGUGCAAAUGGUGUAGCAAGUGUGCCCAGCCAGCCCCCGAAAAAGCGCGUUCCGAAAAUGGAGAGAGCCUCUCAAACCCAGAAAGUGCAUGGUAACCACCUGGCUUCUUGCAGAAAUACUUCCGGGUCUGCACUACCAGUCAAGUCAAAAAACACCACCAAACAGAAGCUCCCUAUGAAAAGCCACUCAGAGUGUGGGAUCCUAGAAAAAGCGGCAUCACCAAAAGCGCUGGGCCGCGCCAUACAGUUGGAGGAGCAGGUGAAGCAUUCUGGUGAGACCCCUGCUGAAAGCUCCAACAGUCAGCAGCAGCUCAAGGAAGACCCCCCUGCGUCACUCCCCCAAAUUCCUUGUCUCUCUUCCUUUAAAACCCAUCCGCUGUGCGCUUUGACUUUUGCCGAAUUGGUCGCAGAUUAUGAGCAUUACAUUAAGGAGGGGCUGGAGAAGCCUGUGGAAAUAAUCAGGCACUACACGGGUCCUGGGGAGCAGACUGUGAAUCCUCACAACAGCUUUGUGAGAAAUGGGGUCAUCGAAGAGAGUGUGCGGGUGUUGGCAAGCAGCAGCCAAUCUGGAGACUCUGAGAGUGACAGCGACUCUUACAGCUCCAGGGCUUCUUCCCAGAGCAAAGGAAAUAAGUUGUGUGUGGAAGGCUCUUCAGACAUUCCGCUGAAAGACUUGGAGUCCACCCCUGCGGGUGGCCGUACCUCUUUGGAACAACCUCUGAAUGGAAACGACACCCCUACUCUAGUAGAGCAUCAAGGAUCACCUGACAUCCAGACAAAGGCAAGACAGAAAGAGGGGGCCAGCCAGAGAGCUAAGCAGAGCCGGAGAAACCCUCCCAGGCGGCCCUCCUGUCGGUUGCAGACAGAGCCCCAGGACGAGGAGUGGUACGACCGCCACAGGGAAGCCCAGGAGGGGUUUUCGGGUACCUAUCAGGAUUAUGAGGAGUACUGGAGAGCCUACUACAGGGCAUGGCAUGAAUACUAUGCUGCUGCUUCUCAGUCCUAUUACUGGAAUGCUCAGAGGCAUCCAGGCUGGAUGGCGGCCUAUCACAUGAAUACCAUGUACCUCCAAGAAAUGAUGCGCGGCAACCAGUGACGGUGGCCACACCUCAGACCACCCGCAAGUAUCAACAAGCGGUACCUUUGGAUAGCCAUCCUCCGUGACCUAUGAUAGAGUGGCCCAUAGCAGCAUUUUUGACAAGUCUUAAGGCUUUCUGCUGGGAUUCAUUUAUUUUUCAGGUGGUUUUGACCUACAGGUAUCUUAUUUUAAGAAACUUCAUGGGUCAGAUUUUUGAAAGAGAUUCUUUGGGACAAAGAGCUAAAAGGUCCCAGGGUGCCAUUUCUAUAAGCCAUUCCAAAAAGAAACAUUUGAAAAGACUUAUAUCACUGCUUACUUAAGAAAAUAAAAAGUUAAGAUUUGAAAUGGUUAGUUGACGCUGUGGAGUUCUUUACGAAAGGCUUGGACUGCGUGUUCUUAGGUACAUACAUUCUUAUAGAAAUCUGUAAAUGGUAGGUCAGAAAACCCCCUUUCUCUUAGGUCUAGGCAGGACGGAGUAAACACUGCUUCAGACUUUCCCAAAGGUACUUGAUUUGAUGCUCUUCACUUCCAGUAAAAAUGUUUGUUAGCAGUAAAACCAUAGACUUAGCCGAAUGUGUUGACACACUGUUCAUACUCUGAAUAUCUUGUUUCUAAGAUUGUGAACGCUGUCCGCCUUUUCACAGUGCAUUCAGUCGCCGCGCACCAUUGGUGACUCAUUUCUGUUUCUCAGGAAGAGGGGCAGUGCUUAACCUUUAUUAGUUUUGGGUCUUUUUAUGCAUCUGAUGAAAGCUAUAGAUUCACCCCAGAGGUAUCUACAAACAAGAAUUGAUGUGUAAUUUCAAGGGGUUCACAAACCCUCUGAGCCCAUAAGGAUUCCAGGGUAAGAACCGCCCCACACUGCUGGUGGGCUACAGGAAGGUUUAGCUCUUCGUGCUAAGGAUUUGGUGGAGGCUGGAACCCAUUCUGUUCAAACUUCCCACCAUGUGUCCUAAUCUGUGUCUUCUAGAGAUUCCCCCCAGUUUUUAACCUCUAAAGUAGGGUCCAAGGGGAACAGCCAUUUUUCUGAGAUGGUACAUCUAUAAAUUAUGAUUUAGAAAAAUGUAAUUGGAAGUUAUUCUUUCAUUUCUUCUCUAUGGAAGUCCUUUCAUGAUAACACAUUUGGCUCCCAGACCUAUCUGAGUGGUAUUUGUGGUGAGAAUCCCUUCUGUAUAGCAAUAUGUAUUUAGUUUUGAAAAGGAAAGCUCUCCUUUCCUGUGUAAAUACUUGUCUAGGCGGCGUAAUCAUUUUCCCUCAGGGCUGUAAGCAAACAUCCAAGGUCGUCGUCAUUUACCAUCCUACACUCACAUAGCACAGUCCUAAACUUCUGUUUAACUUGGAUUCCUGUCAUUUGGGAUGGCCAGUGGUAGGGUUUGCUUAUAUGUAUCAGUAUUGCCAAAUUAGAAUGAAUGGAUUAAUAGCAAAUCCAUAAUUAGGUCCAGUUCGUCAUUAAGAAGUAGAGACUUUAAUUACUCAUUUAAAUAAAAUCUUGCCAUUGCCAUAUAA